AUGUACUCCAAAUGUAAAACUGAACUGAACGGCCGUAGUGUGUCUUCCUACAUCAAGGAUGUGCUAGGUUCAGAGCAGUCCCAUCCAACGAAUUUUGAUAGUCUUUCUGCUCAGGUUCGCCAACUUUUCGAUCUGAUCGAAGCGCUUGGCAAUGUUACUUUUUCGAAUGGUUUACGCAUUUACUACCAGAACGUGCGUGGAUUGAGGACAAAAAUUGAUGCAUUCUUCCUAGCUGUUUCGGAUGCCGAAUACGACAUUAUCGUCCUAACGGAAACCUGGCUGAAUGAUAAAAUUUUCUCUGAGCAACUCUUCGGUCACCUGUAUGCUGUUUACAGGAGUGAUCGCUCCCCGCUGAACAGCCACAAAACACGCGGAGGAGGCGUACUGAUCGCAGUAUCGAAAAAAUUUAGCAGUUCAAUUGGUCAAACAAUCAUAUCUGUAUCGCUUGAGCAGUUAUGGGUAUUGGUUGAAAUCCCACAAGAUUCGCUUAGCAUCGGAGUAAUCUACCUGCCCCCUGAUCGUAAAAACGACUCGGUGAGUAUCAAUGAGCACAUAGAAUCCUUGAGUUCGAUAUCUUUCCGAUUAAGCCCCCGCACUCCUGCGCUAUUGUUCGGUGACUAUAAUCAAUCCGGUUUACGAUGGUGUUGUCCUGAAGGCGGAUUACCUUUCGUUGAUCCACUGCUGUCGCAAAUUCCGACUGCCUGCAGCGCUCUUCUCGAUGGGUUCAACCUGAAUGGAUUUACCCAGAUUAAUACAUUGCUGAAUCGAAACGAUCGUCUGUUAGAUUUAAUACUCGCAAAUGAUGUCGCUUUACCGGUCAUAAACGUUUUCUCGCCAGUUGAGCCACUGAUUGACCUUGACGCGGACCAUCCCGCUCUAGGCGUUGAGUUUAGGAUACCAACGCCAAUUGAGUACGACGAACCAUCUAUCUCAUUCUCUCUUGACUUUCGUCGAGUCGAUUCUGCCGAACUGAACGAUCUACUUUCCGUUAUCGACUGGCGAUUCAUUGAAAGGACUGCUAAUGUCAAUUACGCUGUUGAAUGUUGCUGCGAUGUUGUAGAAAGUGUUGUUUCUCACGCUGUUCCAGCUAGUCGUCCACCGCUAAAACCGCCGUGGUCUAAUCCACGUUCACGUGCUCUUAAGCGAACACGUUCUGCCACCUUACGAAAAUAUUGUAACACUCGUUCGCAGUACAUCAAACAACAACUGAAUACAGUAACUAGACAGUAUCGCCGUUACAACAUUUUUCUAUAUCGUUGCUAUAUUAAACGUAUUGGAAUGAAUCUUCGUCGAAACCCUAAACGUUUCUGGUCCUUCGUUAACUCAAAAAGGAGAGAGGCUGGCCUUCCGCAUUCUAUGUACUUAACCGAUGAAACGGCCCGCAACGAAAAGGAAAAGUGCGAUUUAUUUGCCCGUCAUUUUAAACAAACAUUCAACGAAAGUUCUGCUACACUGAUGCAAAUAGACGAAGCAGUCACAGAUGUGCCUCGUGAUAUUUUUAAUUUCAAUAUUCCGCUUGUAACCGAAGAAAUGGUUAGAGUCGCAUUGAACAAAUUGAAGUUGUCGUUCGCUGCUGGACCCGCAGUAUUCCCUCAUCUGUGCUGA